AUGGCAUUUAUGGGGAUUAUUGUCUUCUUAACUUUGGAUUUUACAAUUAUGAACAUAAUUGCUGGAGAAGUUCUUGAAGUUGGACUUGGUAGAUAUACAAGUCGUCAUAUCAAGAAAACAUUUGCAUGUUAAAAAGAAUUAUUAGAAUUUGAUAUUUAUUCAAUCAAAUUUAAAUUUUUUCUUAAAUUGGAUAGAAGGAAACCUAUAGAUAUAUAUAAUCUUAAAUUUGUUAGGUUCAUACAAAAUGUUGUUUUAUUUUAAUGA